CAACUCGGAGCGGGGGGUCAGAGUGGAAGGCUGGUAGGGGGCUCCUCCGUCUCUGAUUGGCUGUGGGAGUAAGCAGCGGGGAGGUCACAGAGAAAAGCGGGGAGAGCUGCUCUCGCUUUGGCUGGCCGGACUCCUGGGUUCCUGGAAAGAGAACAAGCGUAUUCGGGUGUAUAUUGUAGAAGGGGAAGGGCUCUGGCUGGAGACUGAGAGCACCAGCAUUGCUAUCAGAAGAGAGUCUCCCAUGAAGCCCAGCAUUAGCCCCGGGAAGCGUGACCACGAGGAGGAUGAGGUUGCCUCUGAAGACUGCAGCACCAAGCGCCAGAAGUGCGAAACGAAGGCUCCCCUGACCCUCCCUGUCACCCCAUCUCGGUACGAUGCCCCUUUCCCCUUUUACCGGCGGCCGGCCGAAGUGGGACGCUUUUCCUUGGAUGCCCAGCGCUGUUACCAUGGGGACGCGCGGCAGCUGCGCUACUACACCCCACCCCCUGUCGAGGGCCCCUCCCCUGGAUUUGACCUGCGCGACGGCUACCGCGACCGCUACAUACGGCAGGACGAGAGUGUCCGUGAAGGCCUGGAGCACUUGCUGAAGUGGGUGGCUGAGAAUCGGAAGCAGUUACAGACUGAGGACAAAGGGCGGCCACUGAAUACAGACUUUGUGACAUGGCGGGGGCAUCUCACAAAAGUGCUGACCACCCCCUACGAAACUCAGGAUGGGUGGCUUCUGGCGGUCAGCCUCUUCCGCGGGACCCUCUAUAUCAGCGAAGUCGAGACCGAGGCUGCCCAGAAGCAGCGAGAGCAGCGCCCAGAACUGCUGAAGGAGCUGAUGUACAUGGGCUACAAGUUUGAGCAGUACAUGUGUGCUGGUGAGGCUUCUGGAAAGCUGCAGGGGUGCUGGAUUCUAGCUGUUGCUCCAGUGAUCAGGCCCCUCUCCCUCUUGGGGAACUUGGAUACUCCAGAUGGGACUCCAGACCCGACUGGGGUUGUGAACACGAAUGAGGGCUUCUGCACGGUGAUUCGGACACGCUUGGGAACCCACUCGCUUCUGUUCUCAGGAGAGGUGGAUUGCACUGAUCCCCACAGUUCCUCGUUAGACCCGCCAAGCUGUUACGUGGAGCUGAAGACCAGCAAAGUCAUGCACAACUCGACACAGAGGAGGAGUUUUUAUAGGCACAAGAUGAUCAAAUGGUGGGCUCAGUCCUUUUUGCCUGGAGUGUCAAGGAUCGUGGCUGGAUACCGGGGGCCAGAUGGCUCUGUCGUGGGGCUAGAAACGUUUGAGACCAUGAAGAUAUUCCAGCUCAUUCGAGAAGAUCCAGGCUGCUGGAAGCCAGCUGUGUGCAUGAAUUUCUGUGCAGCGUUCCUAGCCUUUGUGAAGAAAGUGGUGACGGAGGACAACCCAAAGUUGGUCCAUCUCUUUGCGUGGGAGCCCAGCCGCCCCGUUUCCUUCACCGUGCAUCAAGACUCUGAGUACACCUUCCUCCCCGACUGGUAUGUGGAGGCACUGAGCACAGAGAAGCCACCCACUCCACGAAUCCCAGACUGAUGGGCUCGAGCCAAAGCUGGUUUUAUACCAAGAACUGGUGGGCCAGGGAAGGCUGGGGUGGGUGGUGAAAAAAGCACAAGGAGGCCGGUACCUGGUGCUUGGGAAGUGGGGGACAGAUCUCUACUCCCUCGGUCACAAUGAAGGAGGAAAAGGGCAAUAAACCAUACCUUGACACCCA